AUGCAGGAGGUGAUCGAAGACCUGCCGCUUAACCGCCUGCUCGUCCACUUUGACGAAUUAGGCAAGACAGUCAAGUCUAGGGUGUCACCGCUGCUGUACGACUACUUUGAAGAAAUCAUUCUAUCAUUCGGCGUGAACAUCGUAACCUUCAAAACAGCCAAAGUACUGUACCAAGUGCUGCGAAUUUUAGAGUCCCAGCCAGACGUGUUGAUCCUCCUGCGCGAUCGCCCGCAGUACAAAGUACCAGAUGUGGAUCCGUACCUGGGGGUGGGACUGCGCAGCGAAAUUGGGAACGUGACGCUGCGGCGGCGGUCGGCGCAGGCGCUGCAAGGCGGUCUGAACAAAAAGUAUGACGAGUACGAACAGUGGGCUCUGACCAAGGUUGGAGCGGAAGCAGCUUGGAAUGUCACACACGGUGAGCAGGUGGUGGUGGCAGUCAUCGACACGGGCUGUGACUUGACGCAUCCGGACCUCAAGGAUAACAUCUGGACCAACCCCAAAGAGACAUUCAACGACACUACCGACAACGACAAGAAUGGCUUCAUUGACGACAUCAACGGCUUCGACUUUGCCGGCGAUUGUGAGAACUACAACUCCACCGAAGCUAAUUGUGGCAAACGGCCCUCACCAAUGGAUAGCGUGGGCCACGGCACCCACUGCAGCGGCAUCAUUGCGGCCGUCCAGAACAGAGUUGGCAUCAUCGGUGUAGCACCCAACGUCAAAAUCAUGUGUCUGAAGGUCACACCCAAUACCGGUCAAUUUUAUACCAGCUAUAACCUGGAAGCCAUCGACUACGCCAUCAAGAACGGUGCCCACAUCAUUAGCUGCAGCUUCGGACCUAAGAAGCCCAUACCUAAACCCGACGACUUGAAACUCCAGGAGCUGGUAAACGAGACGGGGUUGUACAACUUAUCCAUGAACGCGAUUGUGAACAAGAGCAUGCUGCUGGUAGCUGCGGCGGGCAAUGAGGCGACGGAUUUAGAUAAAAUUGGCUUCUACAACCCCUGCACCCUUGCCAGGACCUAUCCCAAUAACGUCCUGUGCGUCAUGGCCACUGACGAUGCGGACAAACGCGUGGAGGGUGAGCUUCCCAGCUCUGGCAGCAACUACGGGUCCAAAACGGUUUCCAUAGCCGCACCCGGCCUACAGAUAUUGAGUACGAUCCCUUCGAUAUUCAAGUACAAUUACAACAGAUACACCAAUAUGUCAGGAACAUCCAUGGCCACACCUAUGGUCGCGGGCGUGGCGGCACUUAUAACAUCCAUCCUGGGGAAGAGAGAUAACAACAUGUACAAGAACUGGUGUGCAUGUGCACCAUUUGUAUGCGGUGGACUUAAUGUAAUUGGGGAACGAGUGCCAGGUGCUCGUCCAGCUGUCCGGUUGCGGGCUGGGUCCUGCAAGUAUGCCAUUGCUGAGAACCGCCGCUCGUCCUCCACCGACCAUGGAGGCACCGUCACGAACACCAUCUUAGCCAAAGCUGAAAACUCCGUCAAGGAGCCUGCAAGACCCGGCGCGUUGCUGAUCCGCUGCCAUAGUCGUGAGGGUCCCCAGGCCCGGCAGAUUCUGGUGGGCUCGAGCGACAGAAUCGAUCUUCAAAAUGACCAGACGGCGGAUAGUUACCGCAGGAUCAACGCCGAUGCAGCAGUGCAAUCCGCUAUGCGGCGGCUCGAUGGCAUAAUCUGGAUGAAAAAGGCGGUCUUUUCGUUGCCGGACCAAGUCGCGAUGAUGGAAGGCUUCCUUAUGAUCUACUACAACAGCACUAACAACACCCCGGAAAUUGUAGCUGAGGCUACCCAGGCAAGUGAUGUGGCGCAGUUCUCGAACUACAUCACCAAUCUUGGGACAUUGAAAAUCAGUGCAUAUAUGUACCUGUCGAAGACAGGACUGUACCGUCUUUCUGUCAACACCAGCGCGAGCCCAUCGGAUUUGGCGGUGUUCGUCGGUGAUCAGCAGCUCAGUGACUGCAGCCAAACGUAUCUGCUGUAUUCCACGGGAGACUGGUAUAACCUGAAUAUUACCUACAUCAACCCGAAGGAGCCGAUUAACAUCUACAUGUCGGAGCCAGACAGCUCAGAUCUGCCGGUCAAGAACUUGGGCGGCACCUUCUUUAUCGCCACGUCCACACCGCCCCGCGAUUUCUACUAUGCACCCAACAUCUCAUUGUCAUCAGCGUGGCAGGUUCUCGCUCGGGACCCUGGCGUACCGCUCGCCCUGUCCAGCAUCCUUAGCUCCAAACUACAACUGGACCAGCCGUACAGCUUCAGCGCUGUCCUGCCCGACCUGACCAAUUUCAACUCAGCCUCGUCGACAACGGCCAACGUCAAUCAGCUUCAAGCUGCGCUAGGUCUCUCCGCCGGCUCGGGUCGGCUUGUGGGUAUCGCUCACACACGUCUCAGGGCGCCGGAGUUGGGCACGUCCGGGGUCUGCAACCAAUCCAUACCAUGUACCAUGCGUUUCCAGGUCUCAUGCGAGCUGUGUGGCCUGUAUGUCAACGGGCUUCAAGUUGUGAGCGGCUACGACUCCAGGAACUUGCUCCAGCCGGUGACCCGCGUCUCCCGAUGCGUCGCGCUGGGGCGCGGCCAAUCAAAUCAGACAGUCCUCCAUGACUUGGUGCUGCGCUUUGCCAUCGGGAACACAAGCGCCGGGACGACGCUGUCUGUUGGCUGGCUUCCAUGCAACCAGAACGAGCCAGCCCCACGAUCUCUAAAGCCGUACAUUAUGAAUAACCUGUUCUGGCAACCGUCUAGCGGUGUCGCAGGUUACGUGUCGGGUAUGCAAUGCGACGUGUGGCGCGACAGUAACGGCGGAGGGUCGAAGCCCUGGCUUCCUCUCAUCAAGUUCCGGCUGCCGACGGCGCUCGCACAUCUGAACCAGGGUGACGAUAACCAGCUCACAAACCCCUCGUCGGAAGAACCGGUGUACAGCGCAUUUAAAAACAGCGGGUGCUCGGCCAAUGAGUCCAUGUCGAAAAGCACCUGCGCCGCAUCUGCGGGCUUCCAGCUGCAUACAAUACUGAACAAGGGGGAAGUACUUAACGGCAAGUAUGUCGACGCGUCCGCCACGUUACGGUGCUGGACUUUUGUGAACGCCGGAUUCAGGAACGGAUUGGUACAGAGCCUGAAGUCUAUGGGAGUUAGGAUUUACUUGGGGGCCCAAAAGGUGUUGGAGCGUGGCGGCAAUCCCACACCUCCGAUGGCGCCCACCACCACCACACUGGGUGACUACUAUCAACUUUUGGCAAUCGAAUUCCCUAGCAUCCUGUACGGCGCCGUUUGGGCGGUGGUUAACGGCACUGGAAAGGACGACCUAGUCCGUAUCGACAUGUCUCGCACACUCUUGCCCAUUCCGCUAUUGGGCGGCAGCGCCGCCGCUAUUUCCAAUGCCGCCAGUAGCGGCCGACACCUUCUCCACCAUCGGCGAGGGCUGCUCGUCACCCCUUUACUCGACUCCGCCGCAAUCAACCUGGCGCACCAGCAACACGACCCAGCAUACGAGGCAGACGACAACACGAUAAACGAGGUGGAUGGCCAUCAUCAACUCAACCACAACCCUAGCAUCACGCGCCGUGCUCUGCAACAGCAGCUCAAUUCCAAUCAAGGCUUAUACGCACCCACAUACUUGGGCGCCAGUUCCUACUCGAACAAUUGGUCCCUGCCGAAUACCUCUGGUCUUUGCGGUAUCACCUUCUCUCCUGAUGGAGCCUUCAACGAUGCAACCUAUUAUUUGAGCACAACGUUUUAUAACGUCUCUGUAAAGCCCGGGGAACUCACUGCCCCGAGGUGUGAUAACCAGAGUGCGGGGCUGUCAGACCCGGUUUGCCCGAGGGUCAACCCUCAAGCGCGUGUCGCCUGGUUUUCGGGCUUCAUGAAGGUGCCCAUCACUGCAGCAACCUCCUGCAAUAGUUCGAUGUCAGGCGUCGUCAUGUGCAAGUGGUUCCUACGGGUCGUGGAUGAUGUCAACAUGACCUCGGCCAUCAACAUCGGUGAUGUGACGAUCCGCAACGGGGUCGAGUACACUCCGAGCGUAACUUCCAGCGAGACGGUCAUAUGGCUGCCGUACAACAAUACCAGCGGUGCCGUACAGGCGGACUUAUACCUGCCGGCAGUGGUGACGGCACGCAGCAAGGGCGUGGGCGGGUUUUAUUUGGCAUUCAAUGUUUCGCUGGUGACUCCAGGUUUUAGGGUGUUUCGGGUGAACAGCUCCUUUUGGUUUUGCAACAAGGAUGGCUGGCCUGUACUGCGUUGA